AUGGCCAGCGCAGACGAGCUCAAAGCUCUAGGCAACAAGGCCAUUGCCGAGAAGAAUUUUGACGAUGCCAUUGAAAAGUUCACACAGGCCAUUGCCCUCCAACCCGAAAACCACAUCCUCUACUCGAACCGAUCUGCUGCCUACGCCUCGAAGAAGGAAUGGGACGCCGCUCUGAAGGAUGCCGAAAAGACCACAGAGAUCAAGCCCGAUUGGCCCAAGGGCUGGGGUCGCAAGGGUGCUGCUCUCCACGGCAAGGGGGAUCUGCUCGGUGCAAACGACGCCUACGAAGAGGGUCUGAAGCACGAUGCCAACAAUGCCCAGCUGAAGAGUGGUCUUGCGUCCGUAGAGAAGGCCAUGCAGCAAGAGGCCGGCGGCGGCUUCCCUGGUGGUGGUGGCGACCCCGGUGCUGGACUCUCGCGCAUGUUCAACGACCCUCAGCUUCUGCAGAAGCUUGCUGCCAACCCCAAGACCAGUAGCUACCUUUCCGACCCCGAUUUCAUGUCCAAGCUCCAGCAACUUCAGAGGAAUCCUCAGAUGACUACAGAUAUGUUCAGUGACCCCCGAAUGAUUCAGGUCCUUGGCGUUCUUAUGGGCGUCGACAUGGAAAUGAGAGACAGUGAUCCUCGUGAACAGGGUGAUGUGAGCAUGCCGGAUGCCCCAGAAAGCAAGCCGACUCCUGCCUCAAAGGCUCCGGAGCCAGAGCCCGAACCCGAAGUCCUGGACGAGGAGGCGCUCGAGAAGAAGAAGGCCAAGGAGGAGGCUGAUAAAGAGAAGGCCCUGGGUACUGAGCAGUACAAGAAGCGCAACUUUGACGAAGCCGUCCAGCACUACACCAAGGCCUGGGAGACAUUCAAGGAUAUCACAUACCUCAACAAUCUUGGUGCCGCCCAGUUCGAGAAGGGCGACUACGAUGCCUGUAUCGAGGCGUGCAACAAGGCCAUUGAAGAGGGCCGCGAGAUUUAUGCCGAUUUCAAGGUGAUUGCGAAGAGUUAUGCACGUAUCGGAACGGCAUAUGAGCGCAAGGGUGACCUGGCCAAGUCCAUUGAGAACUACAACAAGUCUCUGACGGAACACCGCACUCCCGAGGUUCUCAAGAAGCUCCGUGCGGCCGAGAAGUCCAAGACCGAGUCCGCCAAGACCGCCUAUAUCGACCCUGCCAAGGCUGACGAGGCGCGUGAGGCUGGCAACAAGAAGUUCAAGGAGAGCGAUUUCCCUGGCGCGGUCGCUUCUUACACGGAAAUGAUCAAGCGUGCUCCCGAAGACCCUCGCGGCUACAGCAACCGUGCGGCUGCUUUCAUCAAGUUGUUUGAAUUCCCCAGUGCUCUGGAAGACUGCGACAUGGCGAUCAAGAAGGAUGUUGCCUUUAUCCGCGCGUACAUCCGCAAGGCACAGGCCUACUUUGGCAUGCGCAAGUACUCGGAGUGCGUCGAUGCUUGCACGGAAGCUCUUGCCGUUGAUACCGAGCACCACAAUGGUGCAAAUGCCCGCGAGAUUGAUCAGCAGCAGCAAAAGGCGUUUGCCGCCAUGUACUCGGCUCGCGACAAUGAGACGGAGGAACAGACACGUGAGCGUUUGCAGAAGGAUCCAGAGGUCAUGAGCCUCAUGCAAGAUCCUGUGAUGCAGUCGAUUCUGCAGCAAGCUCAGUCCAACCCGAUGGCUCUGCAGGAGCAUAUGCGCAACCCAAGCGUGCGUACCAAGAUUCAGAAGUUGAUUGCCGCUGGCGUAAUUCGUGUUGGACGGUAA